AUGGGUAACCAACCAGCAUCCGAAGUUGGGUCCGCAGCUUCCUCCGCCCGCUCCAGCAAGCGGUUUCCCGUGAUCACGCUUGGUUCGACCCUGGAGUUCCGCGCAAACCAGGGCAAGGAGGACGACAUGCUGCAGUUUUUGGUGAUGGCCCGGGACGCCGUCGCGCAGACCGAGAAGGAGGGCACGCAGAACUGGUACGGCGUGCGGUACUUCCCCAUAGCCGAUCUGGGGCAGAAGCCGCAGCCGGACCGGUUCGGCAUCGUCGAUUUCUUCGUGGACGAGGCCGCCCAGGGCGCGCACUUCUCGGGCGAGGUCCCGAACGCGGUGGCGGCCAACGACCAGACGGAGGACCCCAUCGUGCAGGGGGGACUGGACGCCAUCGUGGCCAGCCACCGGUCCUGGCGGCUGCUGACCAACCCGCCGAAGCUGACGGAGGAAAAACGCAUGAAGCACGCCAAGUUCCUGUCCUUCAUCCCCAUCCGGGCGGGCAGCGAGGAGCAGGUGGAAGCCCUCAAGGAGCUGCUGUUCGGUGGGUUCCUGCUGGUCUCGGAAAACGAGAAGAAGACCUCCUUCUGGGCGGCUUGCCAGAACGAAAACGACCCCUUGGAGUUGUAUCCAAGCCGAAAAUAAAUCCGUCCUUGAGCUGUUGAAUUAUACUGAGACAUCAGUCAAUGACAUAGGACCUCCGGCGCAGAUUUGUUCUGCAAACGAUAUCGCGAGAUAUUCUCGCAAAGUUACUCUUUAAGCAUGCUGAUGCACACAACUGAACUGCUGCUCCAAAAGCGCGCCUCCUACUGAAUAAAAGGGUGGACCACACAACUGAGCAAGUGCUCUCGUCGUGACACCAUUAAGUAUAACAACAGCUCAAGGCUGCAUUUUUUUGGGUCACAAGUUUGCUAUCAUCGACACUUUCGACUCAAUCGGGGGUGUGUAUGCGCACUUUGUGGAGCCCGCUUUGGUUCCUUCGGCGGUCCAAGCGGCACUGGUUGACAACCCGGAUUUGAUUGAGGGCGGCUGGGAAAUCGGGGUGGUCGCCAACAUCCGCGUCUUUCAGAUCGUCGCAUCGUACGCAAAUGUUGCUUUGUCUCGCACCUCGAUGGCUUUUGAUCGUUCUGAUAGAUCCAUACCAGUACCAAAGGAAGUGGAUUCUUUGAUAGGUCUUUGCCACGCCCCCCACUGGAACUGCCUUUGUAUGACACAGCGAAAAUAAAUUCAUUGCAUAUCAAUGCAUUCAGAUUCACUUGCGUUCUGCUCUAUUACGCGAUCGCUGUAUCAACAUGUUUCGACGGUGGGCCUCACAGAAAUCGCAAGAAAGAGAAACCGAUCAAGAGACAAACUACCGAGAGAGCAUUUACCGAUCCAUACUUUGAAAACGGACUACAAUGCGGGGCCAAGUGCGACGAAAACGGCAAAAAGAGACUGCGUGAUGUGCGGGUGAAGGCAUGGCGAUGAACGAAUCAAUUAUAGUGCUCUAUUCUUUCCGAUUCUUUUCUUGUGAAGAUAUUUAGGACUGUCGCCAGACUCACAGUCGCAGUUGCUUGCGCUGUUCUUUUUUUAUUAAAAAACAUGCGUUUAGGUUUUCUAGGGUACUAUCGCCUUUCAUUACUUACUUGUUUUCCGCGGUUUGGGUAGAAGGACCCGGAGGUGGAAAAAAGCGCGCGGAAUUGGCUGGACUUUUUUGCAGCUCCGUUUCUUGAAUAGUCAAGUCCUCACAUGCCGAAUUUUGUUCAGAAACGGAAGAGUGUAGGGAGCCGUGCACGCCAACACUUCAUGCGAUAAGUGAUUAUAUUUUGCUCCCCAUUCGUCCGCACCAGAGGUCUUUGCGUAGCAAGUGCCGGCCAUUAUUUUGUACUGCUUUGUGCUUCAGACUCGAGGCGGAAGCAAAAAGAAAAAACCGAUACAGCCUGCGUUGCUCGGGUUGUUAUUGUGUACCUUGCAAUAAUACUGUCGACGAGAUUUCAGAGGAUAAGUAACUCCGAU